UACACCAAGUUAGAAUAAAAAUCUAUUAUGCUGGAUAUCAGUUAUAAGUGACAUUGACACAUCUAUCUCUUUGUUCGCUUUUCAAAAGAAACUGUGUUUGAUGUUUGCCGAUCAAUUUUUAUCCAAUCAUCUUUUUUUUUUAAAAAAAAUCAAAAUUUGGAAGAGAAUAUCAAAAUUCACACUUUUUUUAAAAAAGAAAUAAAUUGAUUUAAACCAUUACAAUAUUCUUAAAUUAAAAUCGCGAAUAACAUUUUUUUCUAAAACUUUCUGGAGCAUAGAAGUUUCAUCCGUGGAAAAGAAAUAUUUUAAAAUUUUUUACUCUAAGAGUCUACUGUAUCCUUAGCAAGCACCAGAGAGACAAUUGAGGAAUUAAAAGCAUUCUACAACCAUGGUCAAAAUAUAAUGAAACAGCAUAUGGCUAAUUUUGAAUUUAAUCGCCAAAGUGUUCACAUUAUUGUUUCUAUAUUAGAGUCGUGCAUUUUGUACUUGUCAACGUUCACCUGUCUAUGUUUACAGCGGACUCGAAACAUGCUUAUUGCUGCUGACGUCAGGACAAACAUUUUUCGUGGCUUUCGCUAUCCGCGACGUGGAUUAUUUUGUUCCGAGGACGCGCUAAUAAAUGCUACUAGCGAAUUUUACACGCUCUCGACCUAGCCUACGUGUGAGCGAAAGUAACGACAGAGUAGUGACUACUUCACGCUUUUCUCCGUGUUUGAAAAAUGACAAAAACACUGCCUCUGUUUCAUUGAUUUUGUCAAUGAUUGUAACUAAACAAAACUUGCUUCUACUAUUACAUUACUUGUCUGUUUUAGAAACGAUAAAACAUGGUAUCCAUCACAAAAAUAAUUAUAUCCUGUAUAGUCAUACCUUCAAUUAUAUUGAACUGUGGCACAUGCUAUCUACUGAUACGAAUAAAAAAGAAAAACUCUUAUAUUGUGCUUUGCAUCCAUUUAGCAAUUAGCGACUUGCUUCAAGCAUUGUGUGGUUAUACACCAGAGCUUUUGAUAGACGUAUAUGACAAAGAGCCUACAAAGCUUUGUAUCGGUUCCGCACUUAUUGUUUCACAAAUGGCGCUAACGUCAAUUUCCAUCAUAACGCUUAUCUCAAUGUGUCGGAUAGUUGAUCUUAUUAAAACCUCGCCAAGUCAAAAAUAUAAUUUGCUCAAAAUUAAUCUCUUGGCGCUUUCAGCUUGGGGAUAUGCAGCUUUUUGGUCAUUUUCUCCUAUUUGUGGAUGGUCUCGUUACGUAUUAGAACGUUCAGGGAACAGAUGUACACUAGAUUGGACCUUAAAAACAUCAAAUGCAAAAUCAUACGUUUAUUCUAUUUCCAUAUUUUGUUAUGUUUUACCUAUAAUAAUUCAUGCUGUAUCCUUUAUAAUUGCAAAAAAAGUCAUGAAGAAACAUAGAAGAUACUUGUCAAAAUUAUACGGACGAAGAAACUCAACCACAACGCAUGUCAAACGAGAGGAACGAAAGACUUCAGCGUUAUGUUUUCUUAUGUUUAGUGCUUUCAUCAUGGCAUGGACACCUUAUACUUUUGUUGGAUUACUCUCACAACAAAUGACUGUACCUGUUUGGUGUCUGGAUGCUUCUGCUAUUUUAGCUAAAAGUUCAACUUUAUUCAAUCCUUUAAUAUAUUGUUACAAAGCUAAAUUUAAACACAAAAGAUUUUUAAAGGAAUUUAAAAAAUGCAACAUUGAGUAACUCUAUGAGAAAAAGUAGCCAAGAUUCCAAAAUUUAAAAAAAAUUCAUAAAUACCACGGUAUUUUUUGAAAUCACCUAAGCAUCUUCU